AUGAGAAGCAGCAGCAGCAGCAGCUCCCGCGGGGGCUCUGCCUCUGCCAGGCUCAUCGAUGUGACCAGCAACGCGCCGUUGCUGCUGCCACCUGCCUCGGUGGCAGCCUCGCUAGAAGCGGAGGUAUGGACCCCUAGCUCCAGUCCUGAGCUACUGGUGCGCGGCUCAGUGCUUUGGGCAGGCCCCCUUCUCUCAAAUAUAAUAUCCAGAGUAGGCACCCCCAAACUCGGCCCUCUAGCUUUUUGGGACUACAACUCCCAUCAUCCCUAGCUAACACGACCAGUGGUCAGGGAUGAUGGGAGUUGUAGUCCCAAAACAGCUGGAGGGCCAAGUUUGGGGGUGCCUGAUCCAGAGGCAAGGUUUUCUCUUGGUAUCAAAAGAGAAAUCCUAUUAAUACAUUCCGUUGGUACAUGUUGACUAUUUACGUGAGUAAAUGUGUAACUGUGUGGUUGCCAGCACCCGCCCUUUUCCUAAAUUCAACAGGUGAAACUUUCCUCAUCGCUGAAUCUCCGUGGUAGGAAAAGUGGCACCUCCUGAAUUUUACUCAGCACACAGCUAUUAUAGGCAUAGCAGCAUCACCAAGAAAAAGACAGAAAGAAAAGGUUUCGACUCCUAUCGUGGUACAGUACAAGUUGGGAUGUGCUGUAGUUCCCUCUGUGUCGCUGCAGUAGCUCAGAUGUGCCCCCUAGCUUGCACUUUGUUUUCCAGUUCCGUUUUUAGACCCUUUAUUGAUGUCAUGGCUGAAGUCCUGUUUUAACUCUGGCCCAGUCUUCAGUACUGCAAGCCUCUGGUUACGGUGUUUGUCAUGUGCCUUGACUAUAAUUACGCAGGUGACAGUAUUCAACCAAGUUACAGUGAUAAAAAAUGGUCCGCACAGUUAGGCACCAGCUCCCGUCAGGUACAGCUAGUGUGGCCAGUGGUCAGGGAUGAUAGAAGUUGUAGUGCAGCCACAUCUUGAAGGCCACAGGUUCCUGAUCCCUGUUUGGACCAACCUUGAAGGUCCUGCUUCAGCUGCUCCUGGCUGAACUGGCAGCAAUUGGAGCAGGGUGUUUGCCGUAUCAGAGAACAUGUCGUCCCCCCACCCCAUGAAUUUUGCUUGGUGCCUACACUGUCAUUUAGAUACUAGAAAGCCAUUUUAAGUUCCUGGGACAAAUGCUGGUUGGGGUUUUUGCCACUGUUUUAAACGUCCGUUGUUAAAUUGUCAACUAUUUUCUUUAUAUGAUCUUUCUAAAAAAGAUGAUGAGCUACCUUAAGCAUUAUCACCAGGAACGUGAUAUAAAUAAAACAUUUAAAGCAUUGUUAAUGCGCACAAAUGCACACUGGAGUUGCAGUUGUUCAACAUUCAGAACCUACUGCUGAGUCUUUACAAGUUAGAGACCAGAGCCAAAUUGGGAUACUCAGAUGAAGGGUGGUAUAUAAAUAUAAUAAAUAAAAGAUAAAUACAAACUGCUCACGAAUAAUAAGGAACAGACUAGAGUGGUACCUCGGGUUACAGGAGCUUCAGGUUACAGACUCUGCUAACCCAGAAAUAGUACCUCAGGUUAAGAACUUUGCUUCAGGAUGAGAACAGAAAUCGCACGGCAGCGGCAUGGCAACAGCGGGAGGCCCCAUUAGUUAAAGAUUAAGAACAGUUAAUCAGGUUAAGAACAGUUUCAGGUUAAGAACGGACCUCCAGAACAAAUUAAGUUCUAACCCAAGGUACCACUGUAUAAUUUUACGCUGUAUUUUGUAAUGCUUGUUGGGUAAAUUACUAUAUAGGAGAAUUCUAUAUCUUUUUAUUUCUCAUCAGUAUCAAAUUGCAAGCAUCCUUUUAAAAAAAAUAAAAAAGUGGUUGCCUAGGAUUCUGGGCAAAGGUCUUUCCUAAACUUGCCGCUUGAGACCUGUGACCGGAGAUGCCAGAUGUCUUUCGGUUUUUUUAGAGCAAAACGUGUUCUACAGAAAUUCACAGAGUUAGGCUAAGUACACACUAUACAAAGAAGCAUCUCCCAAGAAUCUUGAGUACUGCUGUUUGUUAAGGGUCCUACGGAUUGUAGAUCUAUGAGGGGUAAACUAUAGCUCCCAGGAUUCUAUGGGGGAGAUGUGCUUUUAGUAUAUGGUGUUUACACAGCCUUAGUUCACAUGUUAUAUUGGACUCAAUAAUGUGAGCAAUGUAACAUGGUUUUGUUUGUAAACUAUGAAUACAGCUGCUGUAAAGAUCUAUUACCACAUCCACCCCAUCAUAUAAAGCACUGUUACCACUUUAACAGUCAUGGCUUCCUCCAAAGAAUGCUGGGAACUGUAGUUUGUUCAAGAUGCUGACGGCUGUUAAGAGACCCCUAGUUCCCUAUCCCAAAGUGGUUUAACAGUCAAUCUUCAUGCCUAUGGAACUCUGGCAAUUGUAGCUCCAUGAAGGAGUUACUCUGUGUAUGGUCUCUGUUUUACUAGCUUACAUAUUAUGUCACUGAUGUGAAUGGGUGACUGAAUGUUGUCUUAGUCUUCCGUUUGUGUUCCUCUCUUGUUGGAAGAAACCCACACAUCAUCAACUUGUCUGACCACUCAGUACCUGUUCAGUAUAACUUGCUUCAUUUGUAUUUUUCUUGGACAAGAAAGCUAACUACUAGUAAAAGUUUUGGAAGCAGCAAAAGGGAAGGCCCUCCCUAAAAAGAAUUGUUCUGUGUCAGUUCUCAAGGUCUGGUAGCAGAUCAAUCCAGUUCAUUUGCUGUUUCAUUUCAUAGAGCACAGCUGCAGUGUGCCUUGUAUGGUAUAAAGCACUAAAGAUUAUUGUUUCAAUUAUACUUAGGUACAGCUUGGUUAUUAAAGCUUAUCUUUCCUAAUUCAAGGACUAAACUGUUUCUUGUAAAAUGCUGCAAGAGGGAGUAUUUAUCCAAGGUUUUCCUCUUUUCAGUUCUUUAUCUUUCAUCCAACUCAAGGCUUUGAUCUAAAGUUCAGAGAAACCCAGGAAGAUUGUUGCUCAAGUUUCUCAUAGGACCUUUCCAGAUGAUGGGGCAAAAGACUAAGAUUUCAUGUGUAGCAUUUUAUUUGCACUACACUUAUACUGCAUAUAGUUACAACACCUGUAAUGUAAUACCCAGUCUCCACAUAACAUAUGGAGACAAGUCACUUUGUGGUUUUCAUAUGUUCACUUUAACUUAUGCUAACCUUUUUCUCUAGAGUCCAUAAUAAUAGUGUAUACUGCAAACUCAUUGAUAUUUAUAAUUAAAAUUAGAACUGCAAUUGCAUCCUCUAAAAAGAAAUAUCCCACAUCAUCCAACCACCUUAGGGACUGCACUCCACAUAUUUGUAGGGUAUACUCCUUAGCCUUUUCUUCUCCUGAAGGGGUCCCACAAAGCACUGGGUACUUUUGUAAUAACAUACAGUAUUCUCAGUGCACAUGUAAUGCAAGCCCAGGAACAAAGUUGAAGCAUAAUCUUGGAAUAUGGAAGUAGGAGAGUGAAAUACCUAAAAUGGAUGACAGUCAUGGAAGUGGAUUGUUCUGUUUGUUUGUUUGUCCAUCUACCCACCUACCCACCCACAGGAUUUAUAGCUCUCUCUUCAUUGAUACUAAAACCAUGAUGGGAUACAACAUAAAUAUGAGUUUGUGUGAAUGUAACCACAUCAUAUUUCCAUGGGGAAAUUCCUUGUUUGAAAGCACCCUUCAUGUCAAUAUUCUGGAUUGACAUUCGGUGUUGUUUUUCGCUAUAUCCAGAUAAUUACCAGCAGUCCUGGAUUCAUAAACAUACAACAAUUGCAAAAUUGAGCAUAUUGAUUUAUUGGAUCUAUUGUUCAGUUACAGCAAAAAAACAAACAUCUUUAUACAUUUUUUAUAACAUUAGCAGCCAGACAAAAACAACCAAUCCACUUUUUUUUUUUUUGCCAGUCAGCAACUACUUAUCUCUGUUCUUUCUUCUUUUUUCAGGCUCCCUUCCUCUACAAAGGCAAGGCCUUUUAUAGGAUUUGUUAUUAUUUUAUAGUAGACAAAUUAAGCUCCUCAUCUGCACCUUCUAGUAGCAAGUAACGGUUUCCUAUUAAGCCUUUGGCAUAACCUCCCCAUUGUCAAAUUUUAAAUUGUUAGCUCUUCAGGACAGGGACCUGUUUUCUUGUACACUGUUGCCACAACAUUCCUUAUUUAUUACAUUUUAAACCUACUUUUCCUCUAAGGAGCUCAAGGUGACAUUUAUGGUUCUCCCCCGUCUUAUUUAAUCUCAACAAUAACCCUAUGAGGUAGCUUAGGCUGAGAAACAGUGGCUGGCCCAAGCUCAUCCAAUGAGCUACAUAGCUGAAUGGGAAUUUGAACCCUGGCCUCCCAGUCCCCGGACCAGCACUCUAACCACUACCCCACACUGAUUCAAUACUGAUUAUAUUCUAAAAUCACUGAUUAUAUUCUAAAUCCUAAGGGUGUGUUUGCGUGGUUGGCUCCUAGGCUGAUGUGAUUUUGUAAAGUGUACAAACAAUCAGCAUAAAAAAACUCUGUGAGCACCUUAUUUUUGGGCAUAUAUGUUUGCUGCAUGGAAAGCCCUUGUGUUUAGAAGGUAACUUGCAUGCAGAUCACGUGUGUUUCUUUUGUUGCAGUCAAUUGUAGCUACUUAACUUAAAAUAUAUGGCAUGAAAUGUGUGAAUGUCAUACAUUUUUAUUUAUUUAUUUAACAGAAUGUAUUUAUCAGUUAAUCGUCAAAAACUUAUCUGUUUACAUAUGAGGUAUCUACAUGCAGAGCUGGCUACUUCCUCUCUUAAUGGACAUUAUUUUUCUGUAGGAAAGUGGCUAACCUAUUGGGACAGGGGUGGGAUCCAGGACAAGUGUAACCAUCUGCUCACCAUUUGGUGCGGUUUUACUUGCAUUUAUUACCUGUCCAUUUCAUAAAACUCUUCUCUUCUGUGGGUUGCUUUUGGGAUAUGCAAGUAUAAAACUGGUCAACCUGAAGGUUACUGGUCAUCAGUAAGGUAAUAUUUCCUUUGAUGACCCAAUCGAUCUGUUAGGUUCUGAAACUCUCCAUAAAAAACCACUGAGCUUUUGCUGCCAGAAAAGCAAUUUGCAAACUCUGUGUAUGAUGAAAGCAAUUUUGCCUGUGGUCAUAAAUCUGUGCUUUGUAACUUUUGGAAUUUCAAAGACACAGCGGGCAUCCAAGCAAGACUCUUCUUUUGUUUGCAUUUCAGCUGCUUAUCAUCCAGAUUUCGGUAAAAAAUAAAUCACAGAAAUAUUUUCUUUUUAAAACUUAUUUUUAUUCUGUAUUUCUUUCCCUAUCCCCGAUUGAACUUUAAUUUUCCCAUCCCUUCUCUCUCUCUCUCUCUUUAAAUAUUUUUGGUGUGGAGUAAUGUGUCUAUGAAUAACAUGUAGGCAAAGCUGUAUGCUUUAUUUUAAACAGAUUGCCAGUAAAGCGUAACCCCAAGAAGAUGGAGACAUUAUUAGAGUCCAAAAUAAAUGAAUAUAUCUGAUUUAUAGAUCCAACCCAGCAGAACAUGUCAAGGUCUGUUUUUCCUUGCACAUAGACUAAAGGGAAACAGAAAUAUCCAAAAAUCACAUAUCACAUUUAAUAUGAUUAUAUAAGGUUGACACAAUGGUUGUUGCACAAUGGGGAAAGCUGGUGGGCGUGUUCUCAGCCACAUGUUGCAGGGAUGCUACCUAGAUCUUGUGAGGACAGUUAGUAUAAUAGAUUGGGAGGCAUGCUCUGCUUUUGCUUUUGCAACUUUUAAACCACCCAUAUAUGCUAGGCUCCAUAAAUAUCCUGGGUUUGCUGCCUGACUGGAACUGCAAACACAGGAGAUGGUUGAGCACCUGGCAUGGUGGAUGGGAUGUGUUAGGCUCUGUAGUUCCAAAGCUAUUCUGACACACAGUCUAGGCACAUGGAUCAGUUCGGAGUGGUUGUUCUCGUCUCUCGGCCGCUUUUACUACAGCAUUUCAUAUGGAAGUACAGUGGUACCUCGCAAGACGAAUGCCUCGCAAGACAAAAAACUCGCAAGACGAAAGGGUUUUUUGUUUUUUGAGCUGCUUCACAAGACGAUUUUCCCUAUGGGCUUGCUUCGCAAGACGGAAACGUCUUGCAAGUUUGUUUCCUUUUUCUUAACACCGUUAAUACAGUUGCGACUUGACCUCGAGGAGCAACUCAUAGAACGCGGUGUGGUAGCCUUUUUGAGGUUUUUAAAGACUUUGGUGAUUUUUGAAGCUUUUCCAAAACUUUCCCGACACCGUGCUUCGCAAGACGAAAAAAAUCGCAAGACGACAAAACUCGCGGAACAAAUUAAUUUCGUCUUGCGAGGCACCACUGUAGAGCAGAGGAAACCACUACCUCAUUACUUUACCUGGUUUUUGAUGCCCAGUCAUCCAACAGUUUAGAACAGAAAUGAGCAAAAGGUAUUUGCUUUGUGUACUUUUCCCAGCUUUAUUUUAUGCAGCCUGUUUCUUGGAUCUCAGUGGAUUUACGAUUGCUAAAAUAUUCUCUGAUUACAGUAACCUUUUAAUUGUAUAUACUUUAGUGACAAUCUGUGCAGAAAUUCAACAGACAGGCCAACACUUCACGUUUGGGAAAAACUCAUUUGUUGGUGAAAUAAUACAACCUACAAAUAACAACUAAAACAGCAGGAGCUGCUUUAAACAAACAAACAAACAAACAAACAAAAAUAGUAAUGUAUAAAAAUUUGCUAAGCACCAGAAACAAUCUAGGUGCUGUACAAUUUCUUAAUAUACAGCUUUUAAAGGCCUAGGAGCCUUGCUAAACAUAAUCUAACAGCCAUUACCCCCCAUCCCAUCCAGUACUGUUUGUUGUGUUUUACUAAUGCAACAAAAUACAACUCACAUGCCAGGUGUACCUAGUAGGUAAUAAAGACAGGACCUUUUCAGUGAUGGCCCCUAAUCUCUGGAAUUCAGUCACAUUAGUUCUGGCCUUCAGAAAGGAUUUGAAUGGUUCAACUGAGAUGAUUUUUUUAAGUUUACUGCUGGCUUUUAGACUAUGUUAUUUGACCUUGUGCUAGUUGGAGAGUGUACAAUAAUGGGGGAAAGCAGUGAUUAUGGCGUAAAAACCUCUCAGAUGAGGUGCUUAAAGGAAUAAUCAACAAUAUUUAAGCCAUAACAAUAUGAACGAUGAACCCCUUCCUGGGUCUGUGAGCAUCAUACCAUUUGAGUACAGAACAUCCUUGUAAAUAAGCCCACAAAAGUUACUAGCCUGCACCUUAUUUUGUCAACCUAAGAGUCUCAUAAUUUCCAUGUUGUCUGGAAGAGACUGAAAGCCUUCUCUUCUGGACUGGAACCAGAAUGGAAAUGAGGCUUGUUUCUUCCAUGCAAGCUAGCAGCAGAGAAAGGGGGUUCCCUUUGUGUGUGGUCAUCACGGAAACCAAAAUGUUGCAAGGAGUGGCGGAAAGAAGGGAAGAAGAACAGAACAAUCUGUCCCUCUUCUGCCAUCCCACUCACUUGCCAGCACAUAAUUCCUUGUUGCCUACAACAAGUGGACAAAUUGCAGAAAAGAAGCCUGAAAUAAAAGCACUGGAAGGUUUAGGUUUCUAUUUUUCAUUCAGGCCAGAGUGUAGACAAAUUGAAGCCAAGACACAAGGUGUGUUCAGGCAAACACUGUAUCUGUGGGUAUUUGGGGAGGUGGGGGCAGAGGCAGGCAUGCAUGCUCCAUCCCCAUAAAUAUCACCAUGUUAGUUUAGUUCCCAGCCUUCACUGUAUUGAGCAGGGAAUGUUUACAUGGGGCUUCUACUCACAUUCUCUUGAAUGCAUGUUGAGCCGUCUGAGUGGUUAGCUGAAAUUUGUUUAGAUGCCUUUGUCUGAUUAUUUAUACACAUAAAGAUUAACCCCAGCCUUCCUUAAACCUCAAAUCAUAGUUGUACUGUUUAUCUUUUCUUCAUAGCGUUAAAUACAAUUCUGCUCCAAAAACACAUUAGGUUUAAUUUUAUUCAAAUAAACAAUGCAACAGUUACCCAGAUGUCAUGUUAGAAGCAUAUUUGGAAGGCACGUAUUUGAUUGUUCUCACUUUCACAAAUCCUUGCUUUUAUUUAAGAUAAUUGGGCUUUGGGGGAUAACUGUUGCCAGCUGUUCUCAGACUAUAGAAACAACAUUCAGGAUUCUUGUACAGCAAGAGAAAUGUACAAAACUACAAAAUACCACCAACAUCCUGAGUACUGUGUCAGCCAAAAAAAUAAAAAUCCAAACAUGUAUUCAUUUAAAAACUAUAUUCUACUUUCCCACUUUAAUAGAAUGUCUACUUUGACCCAUGAGGCUGUUUUGACUUAGCCACACACACUUGCCACACACACUGCACACCUGAUGUCAUAUAUGGCAUCACCCAUUAGGGCAGGCAAAGUUGUGGCUGGACCACGGGAUUGCAGGCACUUCUUAUCAGCUGAUUGGCAAUACCUGGAAAGCCUGGGCCACAGCAAUUUGCAAGCACCAGUUUGCAAGCUGAGUAUUCCAAUGACCAAUAGCCAUGAUAUAGAACAGAGGCCUUUCAACCCCACUUACUGGGUCAAUCCCUCCAGAAACCAUCCUAGCCAUCAUAAUACUUUAGCUGCAAAUUCCACUCUGGAAAGGCAAUCCAGAAUUCUACCAUGGCUGAUGGCAUUGAAAGUCCCUGAGAGGCCCAAGAGAAUUAACACGACAGCACUCCCCCCAGUUGAUUUUCUUGCCCAGGUCAUGCACCAGAUUGGAAAGCUGUCUUUAAAAUUGGUCCUUUGCAAUCCUAAGUGAAGCAAUAACAGAAGAAAAGAAAACAAGGAGUUCUUAUUCUUUGCCUUUGACCCUGACUAUACUAUUUUCACUAGGGAGCUCAUAAUUAUUUUCUGUCGGAUGUUCCUGUUACUCGAGAGCAGCUGUGCCACUAUCGGAAUGCAGCAGAAACGGCUCGUAGUGAGUUAGCAGCACUCCUGGUGAAGUAUGAAUGUUCCCAGGCAGAGGUAAGUUUGGAACUGACAUUAAAAUGUUUCUUAACCUUUUUGUAACACAAAUGUUUCUUGACCCACAGAAAACAUCCAGUGAGCUACACUUACCAGAAGGUACAUGCUGAUAAAUGCCUCAUUUUACAGGUAUCCUGGUCAUGGUUAGUGUAUUUGGCUUGUGCCCAGAGGUUUGUCUCCUCUGAAGUCUCCAAACUUUCUUUUAGGCCUUAGACUACAAACCAGAAGUUUCACUGAGUUCAGUAAGAAUGACUGAUACUGGACUAUAACCUUAGUCUUGUUUCCCCUUGGCUUAGCCAUCCAGGUCCCAUAGCCCACAUACUACUUAAAUCUUAUUGAAGUGAAUGGAAUGCGAGCAAGAUGGCAGAGGAACAGCUGAAGGUGCUUUAUACUGUGUCAAAGCAUUGGUCCAACUAGUUCAGUAUUGUCUACCCUGACUGGCAGCUGCUCUCUGAGCUUUCAGAAAAAGGGCAUUCCCUGUUUUAAAAUGGUUUAUCCUGGUGAAUAAGACUUUGUAUUGGCCAUGCCUAACUAACCAUUCACAGCACACAAACUGCAGGCUUCAGGAAGUUCUUUAUUUACAGUUCAAAGCUGGUAUAUUACAGAAAGACAUCUUGCCUCUGCAAGAGCAGAAAAAUGCAUCCUCUCUCCUCGACAGCUUGGAGAGAAUCACACAGUGAAAAAACAGGAAACCAGUGUACGUCACAUCCAGUCUCCCUUUCCCGUGAGAAACUCCAACAGUAACUCAGACUGUGGAAUGCAAAACAAUGUCUUGUGACUGCAGUUGCUGCUCAGUGAGGAAAUAGAAACCAACAUCCUCCCCUUUCUGUGAACAUCACUGGGCAGCGUGUUCGUACAGUAUCAGUACAAACCCAACUUCUGCACAUAGGUACAGUGUUGAUCCCUUGAUACAAUCUUGGACAAUACAUCAGCAGGAAUUUCAUUACCUGGCAUAUAGGACACCGUUACGAGUCCCUUCUGAAUACAUUCCCUAGCAUGCUGCAACUUUAAUUGCAAGUGCUUUGUGCUUUGCUUACAACCUUCAGACUUCAGCAAAGCCAAACAUGCUUUGUUGUCCUGGUAAACCUGGAUUGGACAUUUGACAGGAAUUUUCAUAUCUUUGCACAAUUGUACUAACCAUUCACAAUCCUUAAGUGAAUAAGACAGUGCAUUCAGUUCAGCUUCACAAGUACUUAAGCUAACUGUUGUUUGCUUCUUGCAUGACCAAUCAAACAGACUCUGAUUGUACAUGUAGCAAACUCCAGACGUACUUUUCCUGUCUGUAGCGUCACUUCCAAAACUUGCAUCUGCAAAUAUCUCAAGACCACCAGACUUCUGAUUGUUAAAUCUCAGUCUGUAAUGCAUAGUGCCUUUCAAAUACCGCGCUAUGCGUUUCAGAACUUUCAAUCCUUGACACUAGGAUUGUUGACUUGUCUGCUUAGCAAAUUACAGCUAACAGCAAUGUCUGGUCUUGAACAUCUGGCAAUGAAGUUUAGCUUGCCUAGCACACUCCUGUACAGUGUAGUGUCAGAAAAUGCUUCUUCAGUGUCAUCUACCUGAUAACCUGUUGUCAUCGGUGUGUCUACAGGGUUAGCAUCCAUCAGAUUUAGUUUGCUUAACACAUCAGCAAUUUUCCGUGACUGGUGUACUAGAAUGUUACCAUCUUGAUCUCUCUCUAUUUCCAGAGAUAGGUAGUUGUUUACCUCACCAAGAUCUUUCAUGUCAAAGUGCUCUUUCAGUUGAGCUAGGGCGCUAUUGUACAUUGCAACAUCUUUCCAAAAGAAUAAUAAAUCAUCAACAUAAAACAAACAGUACAGUUUCUUUUGCCCCUCCUCUUUGACAAAUACACAUGGAUCAGCUUUCCCUUGCUGAAAACCUAGAAAACAAUACUUCAGUGAGUUUGUGUGCCAACACCGUGCACUUUGUUUGAGACCAUAAAGGGAUUUCUUCAGAGCACAAACAAAUCCCUGUUUUACCUGUACGCCAUCAGGUGGAAGCAUAUAAAGUGAUUCAUCUAGAGAUCCGUACAGAAAAGCUGUAUUAAUAUCAUGGUGACUAAUGUGUAGAUUUUCCUCUGCAGCUAGCUUGAGCAUAAGCCUAAUGCUUUCAUAUCUCACUGUGGGUGAAUAGGUCUCGUGAUAGUCUUCACCUGGUACCUGUGCAAAACCUCUGGCUACCAAUCUGGCUUUGUGUCUGACUAUCUUGCCAUUUUGAUCUGUCUUCGCUUUGAAGACCCAUUUGCUUCAAGCAGUUUCAUUCCUGGAACUACUGGAACUAGCUCCCAUGUUUUGUUCCUUUCUAAGGAAUCAAGCUCAGCCUUCAUGGCAUUUAACCAUGGCUCAGCUUCCUUUGAAUCCAACCCUGGAUUUCUUGGAAACUUGAAGGUUCAAAUACCUUCUUGGAGCUUUUAACAGCUGUUACUGCUAUCUUAGCAAACUCAUCAGCAAAUCUCUUUGGAGGUUUGCCUUUUGUAGCUCUCUGUGACCUACGAAUUAGCCUUAAGUCUUCAACACUCUCCUCUUCCUUCUUAGGAGAAAAACGACCUAUUGUGAACAAUGGUUCCUCCAAUUCUUGAUCAGAGCUUUCAGAGGGUCGCAUAGAGGCUUUCGCACUCUUGAAAUCCUCUGAAUCACCCGAUUCAGUUUCAGAUUCAGACUCAGAACCUUCAUCAGUGGGUGUGGGUUGUUGUGGUUGCUUUGACUAUCCUCAGUCUCAUCACCGUCAUCAGGAUAACAUUGGAAAAUUCCCACAUUCUCCCCCACUUUGCAUUGUACUCAACACUUCUCGUGAGCUUAAUUGUCUUAGAGUCAGUCAUCAUUAUUCUGUAAGACCCUUUCUGAUAACCUAGAAAGAUACCAUGCAAUCCACGCUUGUCUAACUUGGAGUUUUGUGGUGAGCGAACCCACAUGUCAGAACCAAAAAUCUUCAUGUGUUUGAUGUAUGGCUUCUUGCCAAACAUCUUCUCAUAGAGGUACAACCAAUCGCUGAAGAUAACCUGCGAUUGUAACUGUAAACAAAACACGAGAGAGAUUCGGCCCAAUAACUCUCUGGAAGAUUGGCAUCAUGCAGCAAGGUUUUUAAUCCUUGAAGCAAUGUCUGAUUUGCCCGUUCCGCAAGUCCAUUCUGCCAUGGCGAGCGAGGACUAGACAAAUCGUGUUGAAUUCCUUUCUCAGUCAGAAAAGCUUCAAACUGCUGAGAAGUGAAUUCCCCGCGAUCACUGAAAAGAGUCUUUAUCUUCUUACCAUGCACAUUUUCCAACCAAGCACAGAAUUCCUUGAACCUAGGAAAAGCCUCCGAUUUCUGCUUGAGAUUGUACACAAAAAUAUAUCUAGAAAAUGCAUCAAUGAGAACCAUGAAGUAUCUAUUUCCACCCAAAGAGGGCGUAAGUGGUCCAACCAAAUCAGCAUGAACAACCUGGUAUGGUUCUGUAGCUUUCCUACUAGACACCUUACCUUUCGCAGCCAUUUUCACCUUGUUUGCUGCGCAUGCUUUGCACUUCAUGUGGUACCUGCAGGGUUUAAUAGUCAUACCUUCAACCAAGGCAGGCAUUUUAGAUACUGCCUCAAAAUGCAAAUGACCAAAUUUGCGAUGAAAAUCGUGAAUACAUUCUGCAUGCAAACUUUUGUUAGAACCUGCAAUGCAACAAGUGUCAUCCUGCACCACAUCAUCAUAAUACAAAACAAACAAAUGAUCAACAUAUUCUGCAUGCAAUACAUAAUCAUUUUUCUUUGUGAUGAUGCACUUCUUGUUCUUGAAGGAAACGUCAAUGUUCCGCUCAUUCAGCUGUCCAACGCUGAGCAGAUUAUGUUUGGCGUCUGGCACGUAAAGCACAUUCUGUAUCGAUAAGUCCAAACUGUGAAGAACAACAGUUCCGUAGCCUUUACUGGGAAUAGUGUGGUCAUCCGCCUGGUGAAUCGCACCUUCCUGCGGUGUAAAAGACACAAACAGUUUCUUAUCGUUGCACAUGUGGUGGGUGGCCGCUGAAUCAACAACGAAGAAAGAUCUAGACGUCUUCUGGACCUCUGCAACCUUUGGAGUGAAGCGUGAAACCAUAGCCUUGUGCUGCGUUGUCCUAGACACCGGACCUUUGCCUUUGCCUCGGCCUUUUCCGCGCGAUGAGCUUUCGCUGCGCUGCUCUGUCUUGGCCCUGGGAUGUCUGCAUUCCCUCUUCAUAUGGCCUAGACGUCCACACGAGUAGCAUUUCACUGCCUUCAAAGCUUUGGCGCCAUCUGGUGGUUCCACUGCACUAUGGGAUGACGUCUGUGAAGACUCCCCUUGCCCAUGCAGCUAGCACCCCGGCGAUCUGCUUCAUUUAAAAUCACGGCAGUAACAAAGUCCACUGUCAGCUGAGCAGUUGGUUGCACAGCAAUCUGGGUUGCAACAGACUCCCAACCUGAACCCAAAGAUUGUAGUAUCAUGAAAGAAUACACAGCCUCUGGAAAGUUGAGUCCUCUCUGUUGCAGCUCAUGUCUCAGAUUUUGCAUCUCCAUUAGAUGUAAACGCACAUCUCCACCUUCAGCAAGAGCCAUAUUAUGCAGCUUGUUAAAAUAAAACAUAGUUGAUCCAGCUUCUGUCCUUAAGUGAGCCUCUCUCAGAGCGUCCCAAAUUUCUCUGGCUGAGGUCUUAUCACGCAAUAGACAGAGCUCUUCUGGGGAUACUAUCAAUGUAAGAGUUCCCCUUGCUUUGGAAUCCUUAGCUUCCCAUGCAUCUGUAACUGGAACUGGGGGUUCCUGUAAUCACCUCAAACAAACCCUCUUUCCGCAGAAUUGCCUCUGCAUACUGAACCCAGUCGCUGUAAUUAUUCUUGUUGAGCUUAGGAAUCCCACAAGCAUCCUGAAGGGCCAUCAUGACUCUGGCAUUAGCCUUCAGCGUCAUUAUAUGCUGCUUUAAAUCUUGCUGCGUCACUGCUGCAGCUGCCUCAUUACAAAGGCACACUUAAAAGUUACUUUCGAUUUCCCCAGCAUAGUGACUUGUGCCUGGGAGCCUUUUGCCUAUUCCCAGCAAAACCGGCUUUAAAAGUUCAAAGUCCAGCCAUAAAGCCAUUAUCUUGAAGCUGGCAGGCUGCCCGGAGCAGUAGCACAUACCUCAUCAAUCACUUCUACGCGCAGAGCAGAUUCCUUUCCGAUCCGUCCCUCUGCAUUCCGAUCCUCUGCCGGCACUCCGAUUCGACCUCUGGAGCCCAUAACCACGUGUUGAUUUAAAGCAGAGUCUGUCGUUGCCCAGCGGAAGGAUGAGGAAAAUGUGUUACAUACUCUAUAUUGCUUUAUUUACAGUUCAAAGCUGGUAUAUUACAGAAAGACAUCUUGCCUCUGCAAGAGCAGAAAAAUGCAUCCUCUCUCCUCGACAGCUUGGAGAGAAUCACACAGUGAAAAAAACAGGAAACCAGUGUACGUCACAUCCAGUCUCCCUUUCCCGUGAGAAACUCCAACAGUAACUCUGACUGUGGAAUGCAAAACAAUGUCUUGUGACUGCAGUUGCUGCUCAGUGAGGGAAAUAGAAACCAACAGUUCUCAGGCAAGAAGCAUGAGUGCCGCGACAUCCCUGUGCAUGAAUAAGCACAUGUACAGUGUUUGCUAUAUCCACGACGGUGUUCUACAAUUUGCAUGGCCUAAGCACUAAAAUUGGCAUUUCUCAUCCUCUAAUUUUCAGAUUUCAGGGUGGUUUUCUAGUCUUAAGGUUGUGAAGGUAGUGGAAGCGACUUUCAAGUGAUCAUGUGUGGACUGGACCUUCUAAGGACAUUUUUUAGGACUGGACUGGUACCAUUAAGUAGAGUGAGGCAAUCACCUUAGGUGGCAGAUGAUGUGGGCAGCAGCAGUCUCUCUGCCCAAGCUGGUCCCAAGUCCCUUGGCCAUUCUCCUCUGCUGGAGAUUAUAACUAUGUGUGCCAGAGGCUUAUCAUACAUCCCCUAAUGUAGCCUGCUGCCCUCAAGUGCAGUGGAGAACACAAUCCCAUUGCUAGUGUUGACUCAUGCAAUUCCAGUCAACUUCUGUCCAUGAAAUGAGGGUGGCAGUGUGAAUCUUCUUCAAUACAUGGGUAAGCAGUAUAAUUUACUUGAUCUGCAGGUCAAUCUGAUGCAUUUGUCCAUCAAAUUGUAAAUGUAGGUCACACAUGACAAAAUAAGAAAAUAAUCUGCAGACUUUUUUGCUUUUUCCACAUUUUCUGUUUUUAAUUAAUGGACAGUCCAUUAAUUACAUGUAAGAGAAUAUGCUUUAAUGCAUAAACUUUAACGUUGUAGCAAAAUCCAGCACAUUCAAUAGUUGGUUCCUUUGUCUUGUUCUUUUAUUAUGGGUGUAGGUUUUUGCUUUAAGAGGUAUCGUUUACUAGUCUUUUGAAUUUAAUCAAUCAAUCAAUCAAUCAACCACUUAAUUACUUUACUGCCCUUCAUCCAAAUAUCACAGGGCUGUUUACAACAUGAAAACACAAAACACAUUACAUAGUUGCAAAAGUGAAUACAUUUGUUGUUGCCAGAUCCAUUUAAUUAACUUUUGAGUGAAAAGUGAUUUUCUUUCCUUAUUGCAUCUUGUUAGCAUGUUAAGUAUAGUUCCCACUAUUUUGAAGUGCAAAUGUCACACUUCAGCAUAUGGUGAACCUGAAGCUUUUCAAGCACCUGUUUCCAUAAAUUCUGUUAAUAGCAGUUCUAUUAUAUUUAUUGUGCAGAUUAAAGUUUAACUGUGUAAAUGCUGCAGUGGUUCUCUUUAUUCCUGUUUAAUAAUCUGGUUUAAAACCCUCAUCCUGAACACGUUUCAGCAGAUAUUUGCAAAAUAAAGCAGCAUUGACUUUAUAUUCAGUCAAUCACUUUGGUUCAACUAGUUUGGUGCGAGAGCCACUUUGAGAAGGUCCUGUGGCUGUGAGUAGAAGGCAAAACCUUCCCCAAGUAGCUAAUUUCAUUUCUGCAACUCACACUUUGACUCCAUCUUCCUCUAUGAGUUUUUAACUGGGAAAUUGAGAAUUGUUCUUUAAGGACUCAAAUUGCUGUUCCGUAACCAUAUCUUAGCUUGAAUAACUAAUUUUUUUAUGUGAUUUUUAAAAAAAUUAAAAAUCAUUGUUCAGAUAAUACAGAAAAAGUAAUGUUGAUGAGGCAGGAUGGCUUCCAUUUAUGAGUUCCACGUGAAAUAAGAAUAACAAUCUUUGCUAAAAUCAGCUUCCUUUGUCAGAAGUUUGGGAAGUGGCUAGCAUCAUAGUAAUUUUAAAGAAAGCUUUAAAUACUGAAAGAAGGACACCCCCCCCCAAAAAAAAGUGUGAGGGGAGGUAGAGCCUCACAUAAAUACUCAGACAUGGAAGAUUUAGUAUGCUGUGUUGCUUGCCCAGAAGCGUUUUUAGGGGCAAGAAGGUGCUAUAAAACUAAUCUGUAGUAGUAGUUCAUUUGGGACAUGUUUUGCAAAGAAAAUGUUUUUGAAGAAACUUGGUCUACUUAACAUGCCCUGAUUGAUAUAGAGGGGUAAAACAUUUCUUUCAUAUGGUACUUUCAAACCAAUCCUAUGCACAUUUACUAAGAAGUGAAAGGCACAGAUUUCAGUAGACCGUGCUCUCAAAUUCAUGUGCAUAGGGUUGUAUCAGGCUUGUUCUUUUCACGCGUAGUCCACCCUGCUGGUUAAAUUUAAUACACUGAUGCAAGAAAUUAAAACAAAUUUAAGUGAAUAGGCAAAUUUAAAACUGUCCUGGGAAGGAAGAAAUUCAGUAAUUAAGAUAAUAACUUAAUAACAAGUAAUUAACUUAUGCCCCCCUCUCCUGAUACUUGAAAAUGGUUAAAAUAUGCACUGGGUCAUAUUGAGAUUUCCCUUGCAUGCCUGCAUUUCAUGAUCCAUUUCUGUUUAUAGCUUCAAGAUCUUAAAUCCAAAAUAGCCUCUAAAGAAGUAUCUGUUCAGGAACUGAAGGCUGACGUUGAAAGCUAUAAGGAGAACGAUGCUAGGCAAUCUUCACUACUCCUCUCCAUGCAAAGCAGACUCCAGGAGAUUGAGAAGGAAUCUGGAACAAUUGCCUUUUCUAAAAAACAAACAGACCUGAAAGCCCAGGCCAUUCUCCAGGAGAAUUUGGAACUGAAAGAGAAAACCAGUGAACUGGAAAAUAAAGUCAGGUAAUGACAUCAAACAAACUGACAUCUUAACCUAAAAUAAUUGCCCUAGAGCAGCCUUUCCCAACCUGCUACUCUCCAGAUGUUUUGGACCACACUUUGCUGGCUGGAGCCUGGUAGAAGUUAUAUUGGAAAACAUCUGGAGGGCACAAAGUUGGGGAAGCACAUGUAUUUUCCACUGACUUUUUUUAGUUUCUGUGGUCAGUUGGAAGAUGAGAGCUUGUAUGUAAGAGCUAAUAGGCUUAAUAACACUAGCUUUUUGGGUAAUUGUUUUAGGUGACUAUCAUGGGGACUUGGUCAAAAACCUUACUGAAAUCAAGAUAUGCCACAUCCACAGCAUUCCCCUGAUAUAUGAAGCUUGUAACUAGAUCUUAGUAGCUUGUUGGUUUUAUCCUGUUUCUUUGGUGCCUAGAGAUAGGGAGGUAUGAUGUAAAAACCUUUGUAAAUGCACUAUGGAGUUUGACCUAGACUCCUAUUGAGUAUAGUUUGUGACCUGAUUUCUGAUGGAGGGCAGAUGUUUUAAAACUGGAAUUUUGAUUUGGUUUAGUUUAAUUACAUUUAUAUCCCACCUUUCCUGCAAGUUGUUCAGGGUGACAUCCGUGAAGCCUCCCUGAAGAGAGCAUUCCGCAAGCAGGGAGCCACUACAGAAAAGGCCCGUUCUCGUGUUGCCACCCUUCAGGCCUCUUAUGGAGUGGGCACAUAAAGAAGGGCCUUAGAUGAUUAACACAGGGUGCAGGUUAGUUCCUUUGGAGAGAGGCGGUCCUUGAGGUCCUGAGCUGUUUAAGGCUUUAUUGGUCAAAGCCAGGAACUAACAAGCAGCCAGUGCAGUUGGGCCAGGAUUAGUGCAGUAUGCUCAAACUGUCUUGUCCCAGAGUGCAGCCUGGCUGCUGAAUUCUGCACCAGCUGAAGUUUCCACUGUGUUGAUGUAAAAAUGUUCUUUGUUUUGUGUCCAUCAUAUAAGCUGUUUGUUUUUGCGUUUUAUAUCUUUUUAGAACCUAUUUGAAUGAGUCCGAAGAGAGCAAGACCCAAGCCUCUAAGGCCAGCAGGGUGCAUAAUGAAUUCAUUGCACACCUUUGUCAUUUCUUUGACAUGAGCAUAAUAGAGAAAGAAGAGCCACAGGAAAUGCUGCUCUCAAAGGUUUAUGUUUUAUAUAAUAAUUUGAGACAUAGCCACAUUUGUGUGUAUACCACACCAAACCCAGAGUUCCCAUUUUUUACCAUGUCAUGUGCAGAUGAUUGAAGAGCUUAAUGAGAAAGUGUGACAUACAUAGCGUCGUAGGGGUUUUGAAGAGGAGAAAGUCUGAAACCACAAAUAUUCAACAAUGGAUGUGCCAGAGCAGGAAAGCAUAAUUUGCAAGAAAGGACAUGGUUCUGAAAAAAAAAAGCAGGCAUGGAUCCAGAUUCAUAUUGGAAGGUCAAGCUCAUUUCCUUAUCCAGGGCCACAGGCCCAGUUCAGAAAAUCCCUUAGAGAAUCCCAGUCCUGUUUCAAGAGCCCAGCAUUAGGUACAGGCAUUCAAAAUGGGCAGAUUGCUGAAAGGGAUAUCUGGGAAGGGAGAUGCAAUCCUUAAUGACAAUAGCAACCCCUCCUUCCUGCCCACGUUGAGGUUGAGGUUACAUCUGGAAAACUAGUGGACACAUCAAGAAGAGCUUCUCAAUUGUUCCCCUCCAUUUACCCAUGUUUUACAUGCCAGGUUGGCAUGUUCUUCUCAUAUUAAAUCACAAAUAGCUGCUGUUUUACUCUUUAACUGAUCUGACAUUUAAAAGCAGCAUCUCUGUGAUUUGUGGGACCACAGAGUGUUAUUGAAACUGAAUGAUUGACCAGAAGAACCAGCUGCGUCUUCCCCUUACCUGGUGCGUCCACCUUCUGCCACCAUUCUACUGCAUACCCCUUAUUACCUUAAUGAUAGCUCUUCCUUUUCCCAGGCAUUCACAAGGAGCCUACUAUAGCCUGCUAAGCACAUUUCCAAGGUAAUAUAAUUCUGAUAGCCAAAUGGACCCCAAACAAUCCUGUCCCCCUGAAACAAGCCAGUGGUAAAGGUAUUCCAGUGGUUAAUAUGUAUGGUAAUAAUGAAAGCAGCAAAAGACCUAAGGCCGGAGCAAUGCCGUAGAGCACAAUCUAGCAUUUUAUAGGUGGUUGGCCCUAAGCAAGCUCCUUGCAACGUUUCUUGACAUAAGACAGGUUCUUCCAUAUUCACCACCACCACACAUUUAGCCUUGCUUUACAGCUCGAUGCCCAAGAGGUAGAGAAACUGUCAAUCUUGAAAAGGGAUGUAAUUAUGGUAGUAAACCCAGCGAGUGGAUAUAGCAUACCUGAUCAAAGCAAUGCUUCGUACUUAUCCAGAAAUGGUUAUUCUUUAGGAUGUGUGAGAUGUGACCCAGUAAUGUGUACAUAUCUAUGUUGUGAGACCCAUGGAAUAGCAAUAGCGCAGAGCUGUAAGGUUGUUUAGGUUAUGGCCGAAAGCAUUUGUAUUACUUGAAAGAGUUUAACUGUGAUUGAAUCAUGGCUUUAGUUUAAAAGAAAAUAAUUAUAAUUUGAUAAGCAAGAGUAUUUAAAUGUGCAUAAACCAGGGAGGGGGAGGGAAGAGUGUUAAAUAACCACUUUUAACUAGCUUCCAUGCUUCCAGAUCAGUGACAUGCACGAAGAAAAUAAAGUACUAAAAAGACAGAUUGCCACACUCCAGGAGACCACGAAUGUUCAUGACAUGGAGUCAAAAGCAAAUAGAGAAACCAUCAUGAGGCUCGUCUCAGAACUCAGCAAAGAACAGAGGCAGGCAGCAUCCUGCUGUCAAGAAAUGGAAAAGUUAAGUAAUGUAAGUCUUUUUCAUUUUUCUGUUGUGGGGCAUCAAGCCUUUAUGCAAAGGCUUACAGUACUUUGAAGAGAGCUAGGUGGUUGCUUGUCACAAGUUUGGGGAUGGAGAGAGAAGUAAAUGUGACAAAAUAUUUUCUUAGAAUCAAACUAGACAAGUGCAAGCAUUUUUAACAGACAAAUUGCCAUAUAGGGCUUUAACCUUUUGCACUUCACAAUGGUCCCUAUCUGAACUUGGAGCCCCAUGCCUGAUUUCCAUGUGGCGAGAAAAAGUCUCAUUGAUGUGAAUGGGAGUUUUUUCCUUAGGAAAGUUGGAAUCCUAGAGGGGCUUUAACUCUUUAACCCUUGUUCUUGAUCCAAAUUCAGAUCAGGAACAUAGCUGGAGAAAUUGAGUUGAAGCUUCCCUACUCUCCAUACUUGGGUUCCAAUCCAGAUCAGACCCCCUCACACUGUCCAUUUGUUUUUAAAAACUUUGUACUUAAGGACACAGACAUUUCUUUGUUUUAGCAUAUACCAACUGCAGGUGUCCCUGAUUCUUUGCAGCUUCUGUCUUACAGUGAAAAAGCUGUCAGAUGACAUUUAAAAAUUGAUAAGUUUCUGAAUUCUCCUGCUAAACAAGCAACUGUAAUCAGGGGCAGCUGUUACAUUGAAGUAAGCACACACCCACAAACAUAUGCACAGGUUCCAGAUGGGAAUUAUUUUCCUGCCUCUGGUCUCCAUCUCUCUAUGGGUCAUUGAGAACAGGGGUGCCUCGGUUUGAUUUUUUUGAGUCAGAUACAAAAACCCCAAACUGGUUGACUGCAGCUACAAAGGACAGCUGUAGCAACUGGAUUUUAAUCCAGAAGCCAUUCAAGCAACCGGUCAUGUAAUGGUAAUAAGGUAAGCAAAUGUGGUUGUCCGCACAAAGUUGUAGUGGUUCUCAGUGCAGGAAGAGUUCAAGAGUUACUGAAACAGAUGUUCAGGCAAGCAUUAGAUAUGAGAAGGUGAGCAAAGAGAAAAGAUCAUGAGUCACUCAGCUGAUCUGGCUUAAAUUAAAGGCUGAUUUAUCUAAUAGAUCUUAAAUGGGUAAAUGCUUUUAAAAUGCAUCAUUAAAUGAGUUAAUGCUUUUUUAAAAGGAACAAUAAACAUGUCACAUGAAUCUUGUUGAAAACACUUCAGGAGUACAUCAAAAUAUAAAGUUAAACUUAUGUUUUGUCUGAAAACUUUAAUGGUAAACAAUGGAACUCAGUCACGUUUAACUUGCCUAACAACAAGACCUUUGUGGGAUAUUGGCUUUCCAGAAAACAUAGAUUCUGUCAAAAAACACAAGGCACGCAUCAGAUCACAUCUCAGCUGAACUCAAUACAGUCCCAAAACUUCUAUACUGUUGGUGAUAGUACUUAGAGGAACAAAUAUGUUCUUUAUUAAGGGAUGUGGUCAGUCAUACAACUUAUGAAAUCAUGGAACACAUUUGAUAAAUGAUUUGGAUCGAAGUAAGAACACUGCUUUUGGGGUUGGUGGUCAUGGAACUUCCCAGAUCUCUUGUACAGUUAUGUCACUCAAUUUAAGCCCUUUUAAAAUGUUCAGCAUAGAUGUCACACAUGUUUACAGCAACUGUGGUGCACUUAGGAAUUGUUGUAAAGGAAGGAAUAUGGCCCUUUGGAAAGUCUGUUUUGUAAGCAUAGACUGCCUGCCAAAACCACAAUGGAGAAUACGGCAGUGACUUAUCUGUCAAAUAUUAACAUUUUGUUUUAUUUCAUGAGAUAUUGGAAACAUGAUCAGAUCUUAAUAUAUCAGUUGUUUUGAACACUUGCAUUCAAGCCACUCACCUAUAAGAUCCCACCCUUCAUCAUACGUGAUUUUGGGGCAGGUAAGAACAAUUUUAAAAACUAUUAAAAAAUAAGAAAACCAUUAAAACAGUCAAGGCAGCAACAGUGACUUUUUAAAGAAUUGAAACUGGGUGAAACUUGAUAAUGGAACUUGAUUCAACAUAUCUUCUUCCAUCUUCAACUGAUAUUUUCUUGCCUUCAUCAUGAUAAAGGCUAAUUGGUGUGUGUGAAACACUGUGCAGUAUAGAUUAAAAUAAAGGAGCCCCCACCCCCCUUUAUCUGGUUUUGUAUAAUGUCAUUGCAAAUUUUGGUUUCUUUUUAAAAAUACAAGAUCAUUGUAACAGCUUUGACCAGAUGAAGUGUCAUGGGAAGAACCUGAAACAAGAAUAAUAAUUUAGGAACAAUUUUCAUUUGGACAGAGGGUAGAUAGCUGCCAUUUAGACCAUUUGCCAAUGUCACUUUUUCUUUGUUUAAAUAAGGGAGAAAAAUUCAAGUUAUAAAAAAUAAUAAUUCUGUUUCCUUGGGAUUUUUUAUCCCAGAGUAUCUGAAAACUUUGUCAAAAAGGAACUUGAAGUAAUUUAUACAUCUUCAGUUGCUCCUUGGGACAUAUAUUUAAAAAACAAUCUUUUUUUAUACAGAAACCUGUUCCAACCUCAAAGGCGGUACUAUCACUCCCCCCUUCCCUUUUACAUUGUAUUGAAUUAAUAUCUAGUUUCUCUAAAAGUAUUUCCAAGGGUCAGUUCACAUAACUCUAUGGAAUCUUCCAUAGAAGAGUGUUAUAGAAAAUUUUAUAAUAAAUAAAUACUGCUUGCAAAUGUGCUUGUACAAACAAUAAUUUGCCAUUUCACUUCCGGUUUAAUAGCAAGCCAUAGUUUGGCAUUCAAUCCAAGCCAAGCAACCUGUGCUUCAUGUAAAUCACAGUUCACCCACCAAGUAGGAUUGUAAAUCAUAGUUUGAACUGAGUUUUCAUUCCUGAUAUUUGACAAACUAUAGGUUUAUAGUAUUCAAAUGGGCCAUUGCAUGAACGAAAAGGGACAUGGUUUGCAGUAACAGUAGUUUUCUAGUUUGGAAGUAAAGUCAAGAAGGACCAGAGUGUUUCUGCUCUUUCAGGUUCACUGUUAAGCUACUGGAUCCUGUGAGCUGUGUACUGUGUGUUUACUGUGCUAAAUGCACUUAACUGUGGAUAAUUAAUUCAUGUCACAAGCAGAAAAGCUGUGCCACAAACAAAUGAACAUAUUGCUUGUUAGGCAAAGGCUGCUGUCUGAGUUAUAAUUAAUAACGGGUGCUACAAAAAUAGUUAACUGAAGUUUGAAAUUAGUAAAAGAAAACUUACUCCUUAGCACUGGAUAGGCUAGGAUUAGAAGGCUGUUCUGAAGUAGGAGAUCACAUUAUAACUUGAAAGUGUGGGUCACUUUUGGCGAAUUGGUGAAUUUUGCUGUAAGGUGCUUUCCUGUAAAGUAGCAUGUAUACUUUCUUGCCAGCAUGUAUAUCACUGCAUGCAGUAAACAUGGAUGCUAGGAUAUCUCUGCUUUCCUUGCCUUUUUGAGCAUUAUGGAUUUUAGCCCUGAAACCCAUAAGGUAGUAUCCAGCAGAAAACAGAAGGAAUUCAUCAGCAGAACUGGGGCGGGAGGCAAUUUUUGGCAAAUUGUUGUUUCCUCUGAAGCCCCCUGUGCCUCCCCUACAUCUGCUAGGGGUACAGGGGUCUGCAGAGAGGAGAGGGAAUAACUGAAAAAUUCCUCUUUGCCUGAUUGCACUGACACAUUCUGCAGUGGAUGGAAGCUGUUGAACACUACCCACAAAAUGCAGAAGGGGUCCCCAUUUUGAUUCUUUCUCCUGCAAUGGAUGUCUGCCUCUCUAGUCUCCCUGAAAACCAGAAAAUGGCACAGCUUUCUGUUAACUUUCUUCUGUAGUUGGGAAACGUUUCCUAAUGGUUUGAUCUAAAUCAGUUUCCCUGUCAUCGCUUUUGCUUGUCGUCCCCUCUUAAACCUCCCCACCUCCAUGGUUCUGAGAAACAGUUUUUUGUUGCUUCCUUUCUUGCAUCUUUUAUAAAAUGCUUGAAAAUCUUGCUUUUCUCUAGGAUAGACACACCAAGCUCCUUCAGUCCUUCCACAGAUGAUGUUUCUUUCAGGCUUCUUAUCGGCUGUUCUUCUCUUUGAAUUCUUUCCUCUCUGGUAUACUCUUUGAAUUACAGUGCCAAGAACUGUCUGCAGUUCUUCAUCAAAGAAUGAAACAAAUGUAAUCUGGAAUGUUUGUUUUUCUCUCAUUAAAUGCAGGAUGGCUGCUUGUAAUCAUCCUGUUUUUCUUUAGAGAUUUCAAAUUAAGCUGUAUCCUAACCAAUAUCAUUGUAAUUUGACCUUAAUUUUGUCCUUCAUUGCCCCAAUAUGAAAGAGUGCACCACAGAUUUUAACUUUCUUUUCUGUAUGAGCUUUACAUUUAGGGAAAAGUCUCUGUGCCCCACAUGCACCAACAUGUGUGAGGGACGUGGCUGCUUUCUGGGCCUUGCAUAUGAAUAGCAACAUUUUCUGUUACUCACAGGAGUGUUUGGAAGAAUCUGUCCAUUUGUUUCUCUUUGUUUCUAAACGAUGUUUGCUGCACCUGCGAUGAGGAAAGAGUGCAUUUGUUGAAAUAAUAUUGCAAUCCGAAAUUGUUUCCUCAAUUUUCUGUAAUAUCAGUAAUUUAAUUCUUGGCACUGGAUUAGAUUCCUCCCCACCAAGAUCUUUUAAGAAAAGUAGCAGGAAAAUUAAAUUAAAUGGAAGGAUGCCAAAAUAUACAAAGGCAGAUUUUGUUGAAUGUGACGUCUCCAAUUAGAGUAGGUUUGAGUGGUGACAAGUAUGCACUUAACACUUCUCAUUCUUCUUAUAAAGAAUCUAUUCUUAGAGUUGGGAUAAUUAGGAAAAUAAACUUGACCCUUCAAAUCUAGCAUUCCGCUUCCCAUUUGGCAUCCAGAACCAGAUAAGUCAUAAAAAAAAACAGAACACCCUUUCAACAUGCACUCAGCUGGUUGUCUAAUUCUUGCACUUUGCAUAGAAUAAAAGUAUUUCCUAUUCCCAGUUGUUAAUCACAAGGUGCAUUAAACUUGUAGGAUUAAUAGCCAUUGCUGUUUUUAUAGAUUGCGUCUAAUUUAAACAGUUUGUUUCUGUGUCCACAAGCAUCUAAUGUUUUUAUUGCCAAACUCCCACAGCGUUUCAUUAAAUAUCACCAAAAUUUUGCUUUGCCAGUAUUUUUUCUCUGAGGCAGUGAGUUUUGGAAGCACAUUCUAUGAAUGAGAACCAAGCACACAAGUGUGUGUGUGUGUGCGCGCGCGCACGCACGCACGGUGCUUGCUUAAAUUUUAGACUCUCUACCGCAACAGUGCCUCUCCAAAGCAUCGUCUGUGCACAGAAGGCCAUUCUGAGCUGAUAUGGAGAGUUUGUGAUGGGGCAGAGAAUCCUCAUAAGUAUGCAAGAAUCUUAAAGGUAUUAAAAGUAGGUGUCAUCUAGUGAUUUAUAGGUGGGACUACAUCAUUUUAUGAAAUAUAUGAAUAUUUUCUCAUUAUUAUUAUUAUUAUUAUUAUGUAAUCUAGACUUCUAUGAAUGGCAUAGAGUAGGACAAGCAAGCCCAGGUCCUCAUCCCCAAAUAUUCCCUUCUCCUAGCUUGUGCUGUGCUUUAUUGUCCUAUCAUGGUUGUUCAAAGGGGAAAGUACGGUGAGCGGUGGACAUGGCCCCUAAACUUCAUGUUGAUUACCCUGAAUGCAGAAUCUGCAAACUUUGUGCAUUAAUAUAGAAAAGGAAAAUUGGGGCUACAAUAUGAUUGCUGUGGCUUUUAUUUAGGAUCUGAGCAGCACCACGGCAGCUAAGCAGAGCCUCGAGAGGGAGAUCAGAGCCCUCCAAGAGAGACUGGCUGCAAGUCAAAGGGCUUGGGAAGUCUCACAGGAGGAAGUGAGCCACCUAAAGAAAGGUUGCCAUGAGAAAGAAGAGAACCUGAAAACAAGCAUGAAAGAGGUCAGGGCUGAAAAGCGUCUGCACGAUGCAUUUAAAGAGCAAAUCAUCACCCUGCUUGGGAGCAGCUGCAUUAUAGCCAGUCGAUCUGAGGAGGACAUUGUAGAAAAAAUUCGAGAAAUGAUCCGCAUGGAGGAGAGCAAAAAAACAGUAUGUGGAUGUCUAUUGUGAUUGCUUGAGAAGCUUGAUUUUCUGUAGCUUAUUUUCUGUGUGAAUUGGAACCUUGCACGUGUUGGCUGCCUUGUUCUGCAUAGACCCUUUGCAAAACAACAAGAAACAAACAAAUCUAAGCCUUUCAGCUUUGGAGUUUAAGCACCACAGCAUCUGCCUCAUCAUCCCGGAAAGUAAGCACGGGUACUUUGCAGACAAUCCCAGAGCCCCAUAUCAGAAGCAUGUCCAAUUAAAUCAAAGCUGAUCCAAUCCUUUCCCUGACCACAGGUCCACAGAGAAUGCAUUUUUUGGCAGUAGUGCUGCUGCCCUAAACAUUUCAAUUUGGCCAGCCUGAACAUAUUUGGCCAGCCUGGGUGUAUGGCGCAGAGCCUACUUUCCCUGACAAUAGAGAGCCUUCCUCUUUUCCAUUGCAGGGGAGAUGAUCUAAAUACAAACAAUCGAACUAGGGAGAGGCAGAGCUGCAAACAGGCACUCAUAGUAGUGGCAUGGAUGAAGGCUGCCUUCAAAAAUAGUAGUAGUAGAAUGAAGAAAAGUCCUCUGGUAGAAAACAAUCUACGCACAUAAAAUUAUGUCCUGUGGCCUUUCUGUUGCAGGAGAAUUUUGAUAUGUAAACUCAUGAUGAAAGUAUGUGCAUGCAUGAAUUACAGCAUUAGAUGUUCAGAGUUUUGCCAGAUCAUAAGGCUUUUGCAGAAUAUAUGAACCCUUUCAGAUUUUAAGUUGCAACAGCAUAUCCCACCACAAUACUCAAUCAUUUUCUUUUUUCAUCAUUAUCUUAUCUUUCUGUUUGGUCUCUUAAAUUCCCGUUCAUUACUGAUAAGAAUUGGUUCCAUAACUGUUGACAAAACUUCCAGAGCCCACUCUUGCCUGUCUUUGAAGACUUCAUGUGCGGCAUUUUAAAUGAAACAGGCAAAAUUUUAAGUCUGUCAGGUGAGUUAUUAGGAAUAAAAAUGAUCUGUUUCACUUUUUGGAGGCCUGUCCAUCUGUAUAUUGUGCAAGGCUGCUUUUCAUUGUUAAACUUUCGCUGAACUGGAACUCAGUGACUGAGCAGAACUGUGUAUAUUGAUGGUAUAAUUUCCUUUCAUUUCAAUUUAUUGCUAGUGGGAGAUCUCAGAGUGAAAUCACAAAUCAAGUAAUAACAGCAAUAUUGAAUUUUAUCAACUUUUGCUCCUCCUGUGACUUAUUUUUUUAAUUUAUUAUGGGUCUCCAUAUUAAUCUUUAUAGCUGUCACAGCAGAAUCCUACUCAGAAGUAAAUCCCAUUGACUUCAGCCUUGCACUGCAGUGUAUACCCACUUACUUGAGAGAAAGAGUCACUGAAAUUAAUGAAACUUACAUCUGAGUAGUAUAUCAUGUGGUGCAGCACCCAAAGUGAAUAUUUGCUUAUUGUAAGACUUUCAGACUGGUUUCCAGUUGAAAAUUCAUUGAGUUAAAAUAACAGUAUCAGCACCAGUUGUGACUAGUGUUUUAUUCAGUUAAUCCAGGAAACAACUUAGCUUCCAUGUUUUUGCACUAAGGGUGGAGAAGCUUUUCGACUCUUCAGGGGUGCUGUAUAUUGGGAUAUCUGUUGGACACUGCAUGUCCACAGUGGCCAGGAGUCAAAAAUUGGUGUCGUCCACAUCUACCGCACCCCUAAUACAUGCACACACAUCCAUCAAUUCAUUCUCUCUCUUUGUGUGUGGCUUGAAAACCACUUCUGUUGACACUGCAGAGGGAGGUGCAAGCUGUACGGGGAGGCCCUGCAGGCCACACCCCUGCUUUAUACUAACUGAAGUUUCUGAGUAGCCUUAUACAUUGUGUUAGACUUAGGUGGAGAUUACCAGUGCAUAGCUAUCUAUGACCAAGAAAAGCACCAGUGGCAAGUUGAUUGUGAAAAGCACCAGUGGGGAGUUCACUGAGGAAUCUGGCAAAUUAGCUGAAGCACCAAGGUGUCUUGAAGGUUGGCUGGCUUGAAUAGGCUGCUCCACCGCACCACUCUACCUCCACCUGCCAUCAUUUUGUGACUGGUGGACCUUAGUAUUUUCAACUGUCUCAAGUGGGUCCUGGGGCUAGAAAGUUUGAGAACCCCUUAUAUUUUAAAUUGGAAAAUGAGCAGGUGAAUGAACCCCUGGAGGCAGGAGCGAUGAUGGUUGGAGUAGAGCAUGUUACUCUUGCAAUGGUGGUGCUAUUCCUACUCCAUGUCUUAGAGGCUGCUGGUGAGGUGGGGAUAACUCUCCAUGUAGUAAUAGCUUAUAAAUGUUACCCUUGAGUGGAAAGAUCUUUUAGAAUUUCAGUGAUAUCCUCAUGGCAAGAAUAGCUUUGAUAAAAGAGAUAAAACUUUGGGACUUGUGGUAGCAGGUGGCUGGGAAGUUAGAGCACCCUUUUUUGGGGGAAUGGAGAUGGGGUUGUUGGGUUUGGUUUUCCAGAAGGAUUCUGAGCCCAUGGCUCAUGAAUGCUGUACAAGUGGGCUUGGCAGAAACAUUUGGGGCUACCACAGAAAGUAGGGUGCAUACUUGUCCAUAUAGAAAUGGCCACUCUCAGUGAAAGCAAAGAUGGAAAAGUACUGAGUGGAUUUGCUGAAGAAAAGUUAGCCUUAGACAAGCACAUAGUACAGAUUUGUCCUGCUUACAUGGCCCCAGAAUGAUGUCUGUCAAUAAGGAAGAGUGCACUUCAGCCUCUGGAGAGUUCCUAUUUGAAGGUCAGGAACUGAGAUAACAGUGUCAGAAAAGACUUGAGCAUACUCCAAACUUGUUUUUCCAAGGGAAGUGCUAUCAGGUUUUUUUGGCUGGAGUGCAGAUACACUUAUACUUGAUCGAUCAUCUUCUGGCCUCUUCAAAAAAAAGAAAAAAGAAAAAAGAGUGUAAAAUCAAAUCUAGCGUGUAGUGUUUAGGUGCAAGGCUCAAACAAUAUAUAUUUUUAAACCCACAGAAAUUCUAGGGUUUGCUGUUAAAUAUGUUAUCUAAUAUUUUUGCCUAUAUUCCAACAAUUCAUUGAGAUAGGCGAGGUGGUAGAAGUGAGGCUUUGAGGCCCACAUUUUAAAAUAGCUAGUGUAGGACGGUGGUAAAGUCAUCUAGCGUGUGGAAGCUUUGGAAACUAUGUGGUUCUAUAUUUUUGAGAAGGUUAAAAUGAUAUAAUAAUCUUCUUGUGGUAUCUCAUAAUGCCUGCACCCUGGGCGGGUUGUCUUAUUGUGCUGGAAGUAGAGAACAAAUAACACCCCACUGCUGCUGUCACUUUGUUUAGAUGAGCCUCAAAGCUUCAAUUCUUUCAUCAUUCCUCACCAAAAAAAUUCAAUAACCAAAUCCAUUUUGCUACAUUAGGCUACAGUCAGAGAGCCAAUGGGAAGCUGCAAGGAUGUCACCCUGCCUGAUCUCCAGCCUUCACUAAGUCUCACAGGAAGCUGGCAUAUGAUUUUUUUCCCUACUGUCCUGUUGACCAAAGCUAAAAAGUUACAGCAUUAAUUUUUAAUUGCUUUAACUAAAUUUGCUACAAGACUUUUGUCAUUUACUUUGUGCCCUUGUUUAGACUGUUAUUUGAAGGAGAUUCCUCCAUUGCCCUAUCUCUUUACAUAAUGGCCCUAAGGGGGGGGGGGGAACGACCCACAUUCCCUGGUUGGGUGGUGGAUUGCCAGGUUUUUCCAUCUUUCCAUUAGGAACAGCUGGCUUGGUUUGUGCCUUAUUAUUGCUUGACUUGAUGUUUUCAACUGUGCGGCUCACUUGUUUGCAUCUCUUUGUUGCUGUUUGCGUUUCAUAGCAUUUAUAUACAACCUUUACCCUGUGUGCCUCAGUCUCGGGUAACACAACUCGUUUGUAUUUGAAAUGUUGCAAUCUUUAAGUGCUGAAGCGGGCAGUGGAAAAGUUGUGCGCAUAAAUGCUUGCAAAAUCAGGCCAGCUUGCAAACACGAGGUUUACAUCUGCUAAUCAGGAACACAAUUUAACAAUAUUUUGAGAAUGGAGCUAAAACUGUACAAAUAAAUACCUAAGCCACUACAGAGAAGUACAAUUAAAUUUAAACCAUCCUAUUAAUGUGGUGAGUGGAAUCUAAUACUCUUAAUUAUAAGAGUCUAAUGGAAGAUUUGUAAAGUUAACAGUUAAAACACAUUUUAAUCAUUUAUACGGGCUUGCAUAAUAGGGUUUAGUCUGCUUUUUUGGCUUUGGCUACCCUGGUUUUAGGUUUUUUGUUUUAAGUCGGCGCAAAAUGCAUGUCUUAAAAGCAUUCCUGUUUUAAUGUCAAAUAUGUUUUAAAAAUAUAUUAAGUAGUUCAUUCCAAAAGUUAAUCUAUUGCUUGCCUCGUGCCUCAGCUGCUUUUAAGUUAUACAAUUUAAUAGACCACACCCUUGUUGCUGGGUAUUUCGCCAGAGCAUGGUCUUACUGGCUUCUCACACUAUGGCCUGUCAUAUUUUAUUGGUAUGUGGUCUACUGGCCCAGGUCUGCCUGCCAAUGAUGGAAUGGGAUUUUGUUGUCAGACCAGCCUUUGUUUAUUUUCUCUGGCUAUCUGUCCAAUUUGAAACCUAGUUCAUUGUCCAGCUUGCCUGCCACAAACUGUGGUCCAAAGCUUAUUAGUCUUCUAUCUGUCUCUCAUCCCCCGCCCCACCCAGCCUUUUGUUUCUGAGAAGGACUUCUGAUUUGGAGAAGUCCAUGUAGACAGAUCCCCAUUAGUUAAGUUUUGUACAUUCUUGGCACACUGAAUCAGCCUGGCACAAUCUAUAACAGGCUUCCUCAAACUCGGCCCUCCAGAUGUUUUGAGACUACAAUUCCCAUCAUCCCUGACCACUGGGGCUGCUAGCUAGGGAUCAUGGGAGUUGUAGGCCAAAAACAUCUGGAGGGCCAAGUCUGAGGAAGCCUGAUCUAUAAGCCUCACAUGAACUGCAAAUUCCAGUGAUGGUUCAGUGAUGGUUGAUUGGUAAUAUAAGAUGUCAUCUACCUGUAUUACAAUCAAGUAAUCAAAUACAUAAUUAAAAGCUGGUUGGCAAACAAUCUCAGGCUUGAAAUAGCUAUUUGUUAUUUAUUCAAAUACAGUGUUAAAAUGCUAGUUGUCAUAUGCUUAUUUGUUGUGUAAUCUAUUUCUGAAAGUUUGGCAAUGCCUCUCUUGCACCACAGUUUAGUUUCAAGCUCAGCCUCUGACUUUAGUUUGCUUUCUCCUCCCGUCCCCCUUAGAUGGUAUCCCAGCUUGAAAGCCAAAUAGCUAAACUGACUGAGGCACUGGAGACUCAGGCUGUAUCACACCAGGAAGUUUUGCAGAGGACCAGAAAAGCAGAAAACAAAUCUGAGACACUUCACGAUCAAUUGAUGUGUCUGGAAGCGGAGCUGGUAUCUGGGGACGUGAUACGAGAUGCUUUGAAGCUCGAGAAACAAAAAGUAAUAGCUUCUAUUCAUAGUAUGUGCACAAGGGUAGCUAGAGAGAGAGAGCCCCAAAUGCAACAGAAUUCAUGUUCCAAUAUGCUGGUUCGAUCAUAUUAUUAUAAACAUCUUCUGAUGAAUGAGUAAGUUCUGAUGAAUGAGUAAGCUUGACCAUUUCCAGUCAUCAGAAUAACUCAUGUAACUGACCACUGCUGCUCAAGGUUCUUCGACUGUAUUAUAUUGUACUUGCAGAGUACUGCCAGGAACCCCAAAGGAUAACUUUUACAUUUGCCCAGAGAAAAAGGAGUUAGUUUUGAGUUUCAAAGCUAGCUGAGAAAAGUGGCUGAGGUUUCAUGGGGUGCUUGGGAGUUUAGAUUAGCACUGCUUGCUGCCUGACUGUUUCCGUACCUACAGCCUGCAAUAUCCUAGUAAUGUAAAAGUUGAGUUGGGCCUCUAAAUUAGGGAUGGGGAACCUGUGGUCCUCCAGAUGUUGCUGGACCACAACGUUCACCAUCCCUCACCGCUGGUGAUGCUGGCUGUGGAGCAUCUGGAGAGGUUCCCCAUCCCUACUCUAAAGGAAACUGACUAUGUAAAGCUGUCUAGGAACUGCCCAGAAGUUGGGAAACGGGAAAAUUAAACAGUAUAUUUAAUAUGAGAUUGAAGAGUUACUGACAAACUACCUAAGCUAAUUUUAGGAGCAAAGCUUGAAAAGAAAUCCAGUGCAUUUCUUAGGAUCUGCAAGAGGAUGCAGUUUCCCAUCUUGGUUAAUUUGGCUCCAGAGAUGUAGUCAUAGUAGUCUGUUACAGCAAAUACACAAAAGAGCUUUGUAGCACCUUAAAAGACUUACAUUUAUUUGGAGGGGGGUUGCUUUUGGUACACACCAAUGGCCUGCAUUAUUCUGAACAGCCCUUGUUGUUUGCUUUCUGAUUUGAACAUUAAAAAUGUGCUAUAUACAUGAUUGGUGUGAUAGCAUAAAUGGGAACAACGGAAAAAUAAAUUCAACUAUGUAUCCCUGCAAGCUGUUCUUUGUUUCUUUUUCUUUUUCUUUGCAAAACUGAUCUUUCCUGCACAUAUUGCCUCUUAGCUAAUUUGCUUUAUAGGUCAUGUUAUGCAGGCUCCUUCCAGCUAACCUUGGCCCCAGUUUCAAAACCACCUACUGUGAGAAACACAUAUUUAGGACAUGUUGCUUUUUAAAUGACUUUCCUGGGGUUGAGAGAGAACUGUCUGCAGGAGGUCAUUUUCUCAUAUGAAUCAGGGGAGUGACAGCUUGGUCAAAAUCCAACAUUUUUUCCCACCUGCUAGAUGAUUCUGUGACUGUGGCUCUGGGAGGGAAUGGGUCAUUCAACUGGAUGUUUGCUGAAGUAAUAUGACCCUAGUGGCUGAGUGUUUGGGGGAAGGCAUGCUGAUAAAAAUCAAUAUGGAAUUCAGGGGAAGUUACUGCUAGAUCAUCCAGUACACUUAUUAAAGAAAAGUGGCUAUGUUUAUGUGACUGCUAACUAGCUUAAAAUGCCAAUUAUGGCAAGUCCAAUGAAACGUAAGAAACAUUAUUGAACCUACCCUGUGGUGUGAAGAUGGCAAAGAAGCAGUUUUUCUCCACCACCAUUGCAUGUCCACGAUGUCAUCCAGCAUAGCCUUCCUGAGUGGUUCAGGGCCUUUUGCCGCCUGGCCCAGUGGGAAGAUAUGGAAGAACUGUAGCUCAGUGGUACGACAUCUGCUUUGCAUGCAGAAGGUCCCUGGUUCAAUGCCGAACAUCUCCAAAUAGGACUGGGAACAUCCCCCAGGUGAAACCCUGGAGAACUGCUGCCAGCUCAGAACUGCUGAGCUAGAUGGACCAAUAAUCUGUCUUGAUAUAAAGUCUUCCUAUACCCAAGCAGACCCUGUUUUGUGCACACAAACCCUGCCUGAAUUCCACCAGUUAUGCAUAGAAAUAAUUACAUUAUCAAAGUACCUACUAGGGAAAAAGAAAGCACUUUUCCUUUUUGAAUGUAUUUUUGUUGCCUCUUUUCAUUUAUUUCUGCAUUUCUUCCCAUUCUCUGAAGUAUCUUAAAUUCCUGGAUCAACUUUCUGAAAAGAUGAAUCUUGACAGAAUGGCAGCGGAUAUUGGAUUUGAUAUGAGGUUGGAUGCAGUAUUGGCUCGUGCAGACCAAUUGAUCAAACUGGAAGGAGACACGUUAACUGAGAAUAAGAUCAUGGCUCGCAAUCUACAAAGAAAGGUAGGAAAAGUGGAGCAAGAUUUGAGAAUACCACCUUUCAAAACAUAAUAAAGUGCAGCGCCUGAUUAUUUAGACCUGCGUGGGGUAGUCACUCUAGCAGUUAGUGUCAGAUCAGUAUCAGAGAGAUUUGUUGUGAGUAUAAAAAUGGGGGAGAGUGACAACCAUGUAUGCUGCCUUGAGCUUUUUGGCAAAAUCCUCCCCAUCACUUUUGACAGACCUUUGAGCAGAAGCAAAAGACAGAAAUUUGGGAUAGGAGGUUACAGUUCUUAGAGAUUCUGGGUAGUGGGAACAUCAUUACUAGGACCAUGUAUGACAAAAAAUAUGGUUUCCUCUAUGAGUAGUCUAUGGGGUCAGUCAUCUCUUUUGUAGUGUCCAGGUAAGAAUUCUUCAUCACUACACAGUGUCAUUCCCAAUUGCUUUAGUGGCCCCAUUUCUCAACUAUACAACAGCCAUUCUGUUGAGUGAUUUGCUGCCUAAAUGCAGCUUAGUUUUAAAAGCAAUCUCCGCCCCCCGAGAAGAACAGAAAGACGCAAACCCUCAGAAAACAUCCUAAAACAGUAACACAUUCCACUCAGUCACCCAAAUCUCCACUGCCCCCAAGUCUGUGUUCACCUCCUGAUCUGCCCUUCAAAGAUCCCACUAACAUUUGCAAAAAAUGUUAGCAUUCAUGUUUUCUACAGGUGGCAAAUAAAUAAAUAUUCACCAUUACAUUUCACGGUGAAGUGUGAUUUUGUGGUGUGUGUAUGUGUGUUCACUGCUUUUUAACUUUUCAAUGUAGUUGAGAACUCAGAAAGAGCAGCUUGACAGCAAAGAGCUACACAUGAAACUUUUGCGCCAGAAGAUAGCACAGCUAGAAGAAGAGAAGCAAGUGCGCACAGCCCUGGCUGUGGAAAGAGAUGAUGCCAACCUGAUGGUCAGAAAGCUACAAAAAAAGGUGGACAGAUUACAGAAUGAACUUGCCUUAGCAAGAGAAACAAAUACAGACCUGAAAGCUAAACUGGCUGACACCAACGAACUGAAGGUGGGGGAAUAUGAUACCUAUCUCUUUUAAGCCAUGCCCAAAAGUUGUACAAAUGCCAGUGGAUAGUUUAAAUUUUACAUAUGUGUAUCCAAAGCUGUCCAGCUUAUGCUGAGUACUUGGCAAAAUAGAGCAAUUUAGAAAUGCUGAGAAAUUUGUGUUCUUCAGAAUCUGGGACUUCUGCUUAAUGUCUUAGUAGCUAAUAACACAAGCCUAUGCAAGUCUACUCAGCACCACUUGUUUCCGGGUAAAUGUAGGCAAGGGCCUUGGCGGUAGAGCACACACCCUGUGUAACAAUUCCCCGGAUUAAUUGGUGGCUUCUCCUCCUCUCCGCAUCUGAUUACUAAUAAAUAAAUAUUUUAGCUACUUUUUAUCAUAUUAAAAUGUUCUCCCUGUGCUGCUCUUCCAGCUGCUACCAUUCUGAUGGCAGAAUAAUUAGCCCCCCUUUUUUUUACAACUCCAAAGCAUUCAUUUUCAGCCCCACGUUAAGGGGAGUGGAGUUUAACUUUCCCUUCGCACUAUUUUCUAAUCGAACCACCCCCACCCAGCCAAAGCUGCAAUUUAUUCCGGGGUGGGGUGGGGAGAUAUACAAUGUCUUAUUCAACAAGGCAAAUAGCUAUUUGGGGUAGCAGGAUUUAGAUCAAUAAAACAGCAUGAGGGCAUGCAAAAGGUUAUCCAGACCAUCCUCUGCACCCCAGCAAUCAAAACUGGCUGCUUUUACAUAAAAAAUGUAAACCUCAAGAGAUCUCAGCAGGGAUCUCUCACAUCUUAUGUAGUUUAGCUUUAUACCUCCUUGCGCUAGAUAGCCUACUGUUUACACCCCUCCUGAGGCAACUCUGGAUUUUUUUCACAGAUCAGGACACUGGAGCAGGACAGAACCAUAGAAGAUCUAAGCAAGUCCCAAGAGAAACUGGAAAAGAUGAAGGCAAAGGCUGAGAAGCAGCUGACCUCUGUCAAAUCAGAGUUGCAUGAUGUAGAGCGUGAAGCAAAGGAAGAUAAAGAGAAGGCCAAAAGCAGACUGGAAUCUGUUACCAGUGAACUGGGAACACUUAAAUCUACUCUACAGGCAGUGAUGAAAAGAGAGAAACAGGUAUGUAACAAUAUGACUGACAAGCAGCUCUUGGCAUUUAGAAACUUAGUAUCUGAAGCAAUUUCGGGUGUGUACUUUAAAUGUCAUAUUCCUUUUUGUUGGUGUGAGUUUAAAAAAUACUAUUUAGUUUGCAAAAAGUUAAACUCCAUAAGUGAAAGAAAACUUCUUUUUUUACUAGUGUAUUAUUUAUGCUAUUUCAAGGUUGUUGUUAUUGUUUAGUUGUUUAGUCGUGUCCGACUCUUCGUGACCCCAUGAACCAGAGCACACCAGGCACUCCUGUCUUCCACUGCCUCCCGCCGUUUGGUCAAACUCAUGUUCGUAGCUUCGAGAACACUGUCCAACCAUCUCGUCCUCUGUCAUCCCCUUCUCCUUGUGCCCUCCAUCUUUCCCAACAUCAGGGUCUUUUCCAGGGAGUCUUCUCUUCUCAUGAGGUGGCCAAAGUAUUGGAGCCUCAGCUUCAGGAUCUGUCCUUCCAGUGAGCACUCAGGGCUGAUCUCCUGAAGUAUGGAUAGGUUUGAUCUUCUUGCAGUCCAUGGGACUCUCAAGAGUCUCCUCCAGCACCAUAAUUCAAAAGCAUCAAUUCUUCAGUGAUCAGCCUUUUUUAAGGUCCAGCUCUCCCUUCAAUACAUCACUACAUUUCAAGGUAAAGGUAAAGGGACCCCUGACCAGUUCAAGUCCAUUAAGGUAGCCAGUGCCAAAAAGAAUUUGCCAGUCCAACUCUUUUUGCCCUAUCUCUCACACUCAAAAGCACCCUGAGCUGUGUAGAUCACAAAUUUGUGGGCUGGAUGCUGUAUAAUAUGCCUUAAAGGCUUCUGUAUAUAAAAUACAUAAUUGGCACCCUACUUCCAAACUUCAUUGAGUCAGUAUAUUGGUAAUUAUACUGAGGGCACUGGCUACAAAUAUAAAAGCACUGACUACUCUUUAGGGGUUUACGUGUAAAAAGGGUUUUUCAUUAGACCUCUCAGGGGACUAGUUGGCAAUCAGGCAUCAUAGUGAGCAGUGUAUUGGCUGUGUUGGUUCCAUGUGAAAAAAAUGAGCAUUCACUUCUUCCUGUUCUUCAGCCAGAGCUGUUUAUUUCCCAACUAAUGUUGCGCUCCACAAUCUAGGUCUAGAAUAGAUUCUUUCAUUCCACCUCAAAUGGUCACAGAGUAGAUGUAAGCACCUCACCUUUCUUCCCUCCAAGCUGUCCAGAGCUUGUUGGACUACAGCUCCCUUCAGUCCUGACCAUUGGCCAUGCUGGGUGGGGCUGAUGGGGGUUGGAGUCCAAUGACAAUUGAAGGGAUUACAAGGUAGCCUCUUCUGCUUUGAAAAUUCUAGCUUUGAAGAAGCCUCUUCCCAGGGCCCACAAAAUAUUGGACAGACCUUCCUUACACCUUCAUAGCCAGAGUGGCUUCUGAAUUUUAUACGAAAGCUUUGAGAUUAAACUGCCCACACAGUAUAGCACAGCACUCAUAGAAUAGAAGUGGUUGCCCUUUUCCAUGAAUAAAAGUAGUUGAUUUAUAGAAAGCACUUCAUUUGAUAAUAGCACUGCUCUUGGGCAGAUUUCUGACAGCUUGUCUUUAUUCUCAAAACAAGGAUAAUGCAAUCUGUUGCAUCAAAUGCCACCUAUUCUAAUAACACCAGAUUAAAGAGCACAAACAAUUGUAAGCAUUUGGAAAAAGACCUUUUUGGACACAAUGAACCACAAAGAUCUGAAUAUAUUUUGACAUUGAUUCAAGUCAUGCAAUGAAGUGUAUAAUAUUUAAUGUGUGGUUGCAGUAUAAAAUAAACAGAACUUCAGAUUCUUCCUCAACUGCUUUGACUAAAAGUUAUUGAAUUUUCAAGUUGGAUAUUUUGCAGAAGACAAUCGCUUCCAGCUUUUUUCCUGGAACUGAGCAGGAAAGGAAACCUAAGCUGAAUAUUUAUCCAUCCAUCUAUCUUUCUGACUACUCAAUACUUUUCAUGGAGGUGGUAAACCCUGAAGCUGGGUUUUAUCAUUUCAGAUAAAAUCCAAGGACUCAUAUGACUGACUGUUCUUUCAUACACACACAAAAAAAAAAAACUUUCUGCACAGAGAGCUAGAGGUCAAGGAUCUAGCCUUAUUGAGUCAUGCUAGAUUUCCACAUGCAUUUUUUUUUCCUGUGGAGAUGUGCAUUUCUGCUGAGGUGAGCUCACCCACACUGGACAUCUUCAGGCAGAGGCUAGAUAGUCACCUGUUGGGUAUACUCUAGUUCUGGGUUUCCUGCAUCAUUUAGGCACUUAGACUAGAUGGGUUUUACAAGUCCCUCUCCAACUUUGUAUUGUUUUAUGUGAGUACCUACAUGCAUGAAGUGGCAUAGACCAAGCCCAUAAAUUCAACAUGUACAGUGGUACCUUGGGUUACAUUCGCUUCAGGUUACAGACUCCGCUAACCCAGAAAUAGUACCUCGGGUUAAGAACUUUGCUUCAGGAUGAGAACAGAAAUCUCGCAGCGGCAGCAGCGGGAGGCCCCAUUACCUAAAGUGGUACCUCAGGUUAAGAACAGUUUCAGGUUAAGAACGGACCUCCAGAAUGCAUUAAGUUCUUAACCAGAGGUACCACUGUAUGUGAAAGUCAGGUCAAUAAUGCCUCAUUAUAAUUUAUUUUAAUUUAUAAUCUUUAUUCAGUAUUAUGUAACAAAGAAAGAGAGCCACUGCAUCACACCCAACAGACAGAUAUGCAUAUACACCACCCAUCCACACACACGCAUGUCCCAUCCACAGAGAGAGAGAGAUAAUGAGAAACAGCAAAGGGAGGGCGAGGUUGGAAAGUCAAGGGCCAUUGCUGUAGCCUCCAAGUCUGGCAAACCACCUUGGACGGUGAUACUCAAGUACAUUGCUAAACGCCAUUGGCUCUGACUCCACCCAGUUCUGGCUUUGAUUUCACUCACCAUCCGCAUGAAGCAUCUUCCAAUAAAUACUCUCACCCAAGGGAGUACGACCAUCAACAGAGAAAAGAUUCCCCAUCCUUGCAAAGAGUCCCUGCCAAAUUCUAACACCCCACUUUGGUGUGUUUUUUAAAGGACAUGUAAAGCUUUUUAGUGACAUUGGGUUCAUUUCUUGGUGUGAUUUUAUACUAGAAAGGCAAUUAUUUUCUGUUUCAUAGUUUGCAUUCUAUGCAUUUUAUAAAUUAUUGUAAGCUCUCUUUUUUAUGAUGAUAAUCAUUGUUUUCAUUAAAAUUUCUAUGGCUACCCAUCUAUAAAAUUCUCUGCAAAAGUAAGCAUUAUACAACAUUAGAAAUGCAAAAAAUAAUAACUAAAACAACCCCCCCAACAAAAAUAGCAAUAUAAAACCUUUCUCCUAGCACAGACAGAACAAAACAAUUUGGAACUCAGCAUAAAGCCACAGGAAGAGAACAACUUCUUUGUAGUAGCACCCUUGUUGCAGAGAUAUUGUAUGUUCCUAGGAUAGAAUCAUAGAAUUAUGCAGCUGGUUAUUCCUGCCUAAGUGCAGAAGCUUAUAUUUGUCCCUGUUAAAAUUGGUUUUGAUAGUUUUGGCCCAGUUCUCCAAUUUGUUAAGGUCAUCUUGAAUCCCAGUUCUGUCUUCUGCAACUUUAGUUACCUUUCCAGCUUGGUGUCAUGUGUAAAUUUGAUGAACCUCUGCUCAAUUCCUUCACCCAAGGCAUUUAUAAAGACUUUGAACAACAAGGGGCCUAGGAUAGAACCCUGUGGCACUUUCUAGGAUAUACUGUGAUGACAAGUGCUGGAGAUGUAAUGGUCAAUGUGCAAAAUGUACACACACACACACACACACACUGUCCAGUAAUUCAGACAUGUUGGUUUACCAUUCAAAAUUAUUAUUUUAGAAAAGAAUGGAUAUUUGUUAUUAAAUUACUCAAAAAUAUUGUUACUGAAUUAUCUACAAGAUACAGUCCCAGAGUUAGCCCUGGAAAUAGGUUUAAAUCUUUUUUUAAAUGCCCAAAGACAAAGUGUGGAAAGCAUCAUCAUUUUUAGCUUGGCUUGAGAGGAUUUGGAACAUAAUAAUAGUAAUCAAUUUUACAUGUUAUAUAAGAAAAAAAAGCCAACAAACAACUAAAUUUAUAGAACUUUGUCCAGCACAUACCUAUUACGUUUUGCAAUGAUAAGGCUGAGGACAAUAUAUAAUCCAUAGAAUUUAUUUACAUUCUUAUAAUUUUGUAAUAUGAUCUUGGUUAUAUUCAUUUACGUUCAUUUACAUUUUCGUUAUGAAAUGUGUUAUUUUUUGUUAGGAUUAAUAUUGAAAACAAAAGCCUUUUCAGACAAACAAAGCAAUAGCAAUAGCAAUAAAACAGCAGCAUAAAACAUCCAAACUUAAAUUGGUAUAAAACCCCAAGCAUCUUAAAAGGGCAGCAAACAAGCAAAGCCAUCUUCCUCUGGCCCCAAAAUAACAGCAGACACCAGGAACACUCCCUGCAUUCCUUGGCAGGGUGCCUUACCCCAAAGGCUCUCUGCCUUCCCACCACCCACCUUAGCAUAAAUGGCGUGAGAAUUGAAGAAGAUCUUUAGAUGCUUAUGGCAUGGACAGAUUGGUAUGGGAGGAGGAGACAUGAGAUAUAAUUUAAUCUCUCCCCCCCCCUUUUGUUUUUACAGCUGGCGGACUUCAGAGAAGUUGUCUCCCGAAUGCUGGGUCUCAAUAUUGCCACUAUUGCUCUUCCCGACUAUGAAAUAAUUACUCGUCUAGAGGGGCUGAUCCAUUCCCAUCCACAUCACUUUGUUCCCUGUGUCUGCUUCAAAGAUAUGUCGGUGAGGCAAGAUGGAGCAUUGCAGCUGCUCCACUGA